AUUGUGAUGAACAAUAAAGCAGGUCUUCACCACUCUACCACCGAUUCAAGCCUGAUCUUUUCACCAGCUUAAAAGGACACUGUUUUUUUUAUGACAGAUUUUGACAUUGACGUGGCAAUCAAUAUUUGAAGGCGUCUGUGUACAAAGAGUUCAUUCUGGUGACACACUACAUUAAAAACACAUGCUUUCCCCAAUCUGGGAAGUGAAACCAGCCCUGAAGAAUUAAAGCCCAGAUUUUUAUUUAAGCAUUUGGACAUUCUGUUUGUGAUUUGUUAUGAGUUGCUGUAGUUGGUCAUGUUUUGGACUGUAGGAGAAAAGAAGAUUAAAACUUUCAGCGGCUGGCUGGGGUGUCCUUAUCAGGGGACCGUCGGUCGGUGUAGUUCAGCCUCUGGGACCAGUGGUGAUACAGCUGCACUCAGAAAGACUAUGGCGUCAGUUUGGUUCUUCAUUUUGAUUGGAACAUGCUAUAGCGUUCUCAGUUCAGAGGACCAUCUGCGGGACAUGGACAGCUUCAUUAGUGCCGUCGAGCAGGCCGAGGACUCCAACCCAGACCUGUCGCCACUUGCUCUGGUGAGGAGCCUUCGAAGGACGGCCGGACACGAGGACCCGCUCACACUGCACUUCCUCGGGGCUUCCAACAACCUCAGCCAAACCCACGCCCCUGUGCUCAACACCGCCCUCUUCAGCUUCUUCGACAAGGCCAUCCAUCAUUAUGUGACGAGCCAUGGCGAGGAGAGAGGGGUGGUUCUGACCCGAGACGGCACUACCGUGGCCAUCGCCCCCUUGCUUUUAGGCAUCGAGGUGGGGUUGAAAGCUAAGACGGAGGGCACCCCACCUCUCGCCGUGUUUCCCCUUACCUUGGCCAAAAACCUGGGUCUCUCCUUCCUCAGCCUCCAGGACUUUCCGGCCAAUCAUCGUCUGGGGCCUGGUGGCUGCUGGGACAACUUGACCCACCCCAGGUCAUUCCAGCUUUCCCGACUGCCCACUCUGGCCACCGACGCCCUGAUCAACGGGGGGAUGGAUGGGGCUAUCCUGGGCCUGGAUCUUGCCAGUCCCCCCACCUCUAAACAGCCCGGUAAACUCAGUAGAGUCCUGAAGGGCUAUUACAACCGUGACCUGGAGGGGCAGGAGCUGGGAGAAGUGUCCGGCCACAUCAGCCAGAAGCGCAGGGAUAUCUCCAGAGACCUGCUGGGCCCACUGGACAUCCAGAGGCAGGUGAUGGAGACUUUACAGCUGGUGUGGGGGCUGGAGAAAACAAAAUGGAUAGCCAUGGACACCGGAGUGGAGGAGGCUGUGAAGGAGGGCGUGUUGGAGUUUGUCCACAGGUACUGGGACUGCCCUCCUGUCAUCUCCAGGUGUCAGUGGGGUGCAUCCCCCAAACGAGGUUCGCCUUACCCCCUGGCACUGCCCCUCCCCUUCCUGUACAUCCACCACACCUAUGAGCCGAACGCGCCCUGUCGCUCCUACAGCCAGUGCUCCAGGGACAUGAGAGCCAUGCAACGGUUUCACCAGGAGGACCGCGGCUGGCAGGACAUCGCAUACAGCUUUGUGGUGGGCUCUGACGGGUACAUUUACGAGGGCCACGGCUGGCAUCACCGUGGCAGCCACACCAGGGGGCAGAACUCAAAGGGUUACGGUGUGGCCUUCAUCGGCAACUACUCCUCCUCACUGCCCUCCCGCUGGGACUUGGAGCUGGUGAGCCAACGUCUGGUCAAGUGUGGGGUGGACGGAGGGCGCCUGCAGGCCAACUACACCAUCCACGGGCAUCGGCAGCUGGUGGCUACCACCUGCCCAGGAGACGCACUCUUCUCUGAGAUUAGCGGCUGGGAGCAUUUUCGGGAAACCAGCUCUUCAUAAAAGGACCAGUGAAAAACACAGGCAUGUGAAGAGCAGUGUGGAAUAAAUGUUUGUUGUUUUCAAAACAUCUUUUUGGAUUGUAUGGAGAUUCUAAUUAUAUAUCCAUGAUGAAAGUGCCAUUUACCAUUAUAACAGCUUAACGUACAACACUCAUUCUCGCCACCCUAUUAUCAAUGCAUCACAUUGGUGUAUUUUAACCGUGUCCAAAUGUUCAGAACAUGAAGAGACUGACACCCAGUGGCAGAGGAGUAUAUUUCACCUUUUAGAUAUUUAGCAGUCAAUCCAGGUCAAUUUACAGUUAGAGAAACCUCCUGGCACCAUACUUCAGUCUUAAUAAAUAUACAGUGGUCUAACAGUGAAUCCAGUAGCCCACACUGGCAUAUACCUUUUAUUCAAUUUCUAAACAACUCUGAUUUGGUUUUGUCACACAAAAAUAUACUCAAAUGAAAGGACCUAUGAUGAAACUUAAUAUCCACUAACACCCGACUUUGUUAAUACCUGGGCAUACUGUACAAUGUAUUAAUACGAUCUUUCAUAAACUUUAAAUAACCCAAUGUCA